AUGGCUUCAAGGCUCCUUUCCAAUACCCUUCAAGCUAACGUUGGCUUGACCAAGCAGUUUGUUCGUCCUUUGGCUACCGCUGCCAAGCAAGCUUCAGCUACUCGCAUCACCAACUUGCCCAACGGCCUCACUGUUGCAACUGAGGAAAACCGCUCAUCUGGUGCUGCUACCGUUGGUGUCUGGAUUGAUGCUGGUUCUCGCAACGAAUCUGCAAAGACCAGUGGUGCUGCUAACCUUUUGGAACAUGUUGCCCUUCAGGGUCAAGCUGCCAAAUUCGACAAGGUUGGUGGUGUUCUCACUGCUCAAACCGGCCGUGAAAUCACCUCUUACUCUGCCAGGACCUUGGGUGCCAACGUCAACGCAUCUGUUGAUAUUCUUGCCGACCUCAUCCAAAACACCAACAUUGAUGCUGCUUCUGUUGAUAAGCAACGUCAAGCUGUUUACAAGCAACAACUCGCUGCCGAGACUGAUUACGAGGCCGUUGUUUUCGACCACUUGCACGCCACUGCUUUCCAAGGUGAAGGCUUGGGUCGCCCUGUUGUCGGUAUCAAGGAGACUGUUGAGCAAUUGACCGCCGAGGAUUUGGUUGCUUACAAGAACCAAAACUAUGGUGCUAACCGUAUGGUUCUCGUUGGUUCUGGUGAUGUUGAUCACGAUGAACUCGUUCGUCUCGCUGAGCAAAAGUUCGGUGGCCUCCAAACUGCUGCCCCUGUUGCUGAAAAGAAGACUACCUUCACUGGUUCUGAGAUCCGUCUCCGUGAUGAUACUUUGCCUCAAGCUCGUAUUGCUCUUGCUGUUGAGGGUGCCUCUUACCUCUCUGAGGACUACUUCAACUUGCUCGUCAUGCAAGCUAUCAUUGGCUCUUGGGACAAGAGCUUAGGUGCUGCUGCCAACCUUUCUUCUAGAUUGUCCACCAUCGUCCACAACAACCAUCUUGCCAACUCUUUCACUGCAUUCACCAAGGGUUAUAAGGAUACUGGUUUGUGGGGUAUGUAUGUUGUCACCGAGAACAAGGAUCAAAUCGAUGAUUUCGUCCAUUUCACUCAAAGAGAAUGGGCUCGUCUCUCCACAACUGUCACUGCUUCUGAGGUUGAACGUGCAAAGCAACAAGUUAGAGCUAGUUUGUUGUUGAGCCUCGAUAACACCAAUGCUGUUGCUCAAGAUAUUGGUUCUCAAAUCCUUGCUUCUGGCAAGCGCUUCACUCCCGAGGAGUUGAAGGCCUUUAUCAACAAGGUCUCUGCUGAUACUGUUCACAAGACUGCUAAGCAAUACAUCUGGGAUCAAGAGCUCGCUGUCGUAGGUCAAGGUCCUAUCGAAUGUUUGACUGAUUACCUUAGAGUUCGUGGUUUCAUGGCUUACAACAGAUUCUAA